AUGAGCUGCGCAGAUUCUUAUAUAACACCGACGGCACCUCAGAAUCAUGCCUAUUAUGCUGCACCGGAAUGGAACCAGAAUCCGUAUAUGACACAUACGUAUACUGGAACGUCGUCGCCAACCUAUAUACAUCCGGCAAGUACCUCACAGCAGUGGGCAACCAGCUAUCCGGCAACAAAUCAUCCACCGGCAAAUACAUAUAAAUGGAUGCAUGUGAAACGUACAGCAACAAAAGCUGCUGGUAAAGCUUGA